AUGCAGGACCUGUUGGAGCAGCUGCAGGGAGAUACGGUGUUCAGCAGCCUGAAUCUGAAGUCAGCAUGCCACCAGCUAGAGCUUCAUCCUGAUUCGAGGUCGCUGACAACGUUCAUCAUCCAUCAGGGCCUCAUGCGGUACAAGAGGUGCCCGUACGGGUUGAAGAGCCUGCCGCAAGCCUUCCAGAAGGUGAUGGAAGCUGUCCCUCGGGGCAUCAAUGGAGUGCAGGUGUAUCUGGAUGACGUCAUCAUCUUCGCUCAGACACCCAGUCAGCACGAGGUGCAGUUGUCAGCCGUCAUGGAGCGGCUCAGGCGACGUCGCAUCACACUGAACAUGGACAAGUGCAGGAUGCGCCAGCGUAAGGUGGAGUUUCUGGGCUUCAUCGUCUCGCAGCAGGGGGUGGCAGUCAACCUGGCCCGGGCUCAGGCUCUCCGAGACCUGCCCCCACCCUCAGGGCUGAAGGAUCUGCAGAUCAUGCUGGGCCUGUUCGGCUUCUACAGUCGGUUCGUCCCGAGCUCCAGCACCCUGGUGGAGCCGCUGCGCCGUCUGCUGCGGAAGGGGGCGCCACCGUUCCUGUGGACGCCCGAUCUGCAGGCGGUGAUGGACGCAGUGCGGCAGGGCAUCCUCAAGAGCCAGGCACUGGCGAUGUACGACCCGUCUCUGCCAACGCUGGUCACCACAGACGCCAGCGACGUGGGAGUCGGAGCAGUUCUCUCCCAACUCCACUCGCAGGGCGAGCGAGUGGUGAGCUUCGCCUCCUGCAGCCUCAACCCAGCCCAGAGACGCUACAGUGUAACGGAGCCGGGGGAGGAAGGCGACGUGGAAGACGACGUCGUAGCAGUAGCUGCGGUGACCGCCCAGCUUGAGGCGGUGCAGCGGGACGAGCUGCUGUCUGCGACCGGACGGGACCCGGUGCUACGUCAGCUGACGCAGCAGAUUCCGCGACAGUGGCCGCGGAGGCGCCGGGACUGCUCGGAGCAACUGCAGCCGUUCUUCCACUGCAGAGAGGAGCUGAGUCUGGUGGGCGACCUGGUGGUGCGCGGCCAACGAGUGGUCGUGCCCCCCGCGCUGCGACCACGGAUGGUAGCCCUGGCUCACGAAGGACAUCAGGGAAUCGUGCGGCCGAAGCAGCGAGCCAGAGACCUCUACUGGUGGCCGAAGAUGGACGCCGAAAUCGAAGAUGCCGUGACGAACUGCGAAGUGUGUGCGGCGCUGGACAAGUCGGCCAACACCCGCAGCACGCCGCUCCAGCCGGUGCCGCUGCCGGAGACAGCAUGGGAUAAAGUCGGGCUGGACUUUAUCGGACCCAUGGAGGCGCCGAGACAGCAGCGGUUCGCUGUCGUGCUCAUCGACUACUACUCGAAGUGGAUCGAGGUGGGCUUCUGUGCCGAGCCCAGCACGGAGGCAGCGGUCCAGUUUCUGGAGACGCUGGCCUCUCCUCUGAAAACGGAAAAGCAGGCCGUGUCGGAGUCAGAAGUGCGGAGACGGAUGGAGAACCGCCAGGCCUAUCACAAGGCCUACGCCGACGGACGGAGCGGGGCGCGCACGCCGCCAUUCGACGUGGGGGACCAGGUGCGUCAGCUGUUAAAGUACGCCAAGCGAGGGCAGCGCGCCUGCACCAUACGCCAAGACAUCCGGACGGCAGACGCCGGCUAUUUCAAGGGCAGAACGCUCGCAGAUAUCGGCCUGGCGGCUACCCCCGUCUGCGACCAGUGGCGGAUCCGUGUUGUGAAUGAGCACGGUGACGCCAACGAGCUGCAGAGCCGCGAUGCCGCGGUGCAGAUCGGCCGCCGCCGCCGCCGUGAGCCGUACUGGGCACAGCACUAG